CUUGCUGCCAGAUCACGUGGGAUACCAAUUGCACAUUCACGUCGCUCUUCUACACAUACACCAUAUAGUCGGUUACGAGAUUCACUGGAACUUGCUGCCAGAUCACGUGAGAUACCAAUUGCCAUUUUACCUCGCUCUUCUACACAUACACCAUAUAGUCGGUUACGAGAUUCCUUGGAACCUGUCAAUAGAGAUAUAUCAAAUAGCUUACCAUAUGCAUCACCACGUUUUUCCAUGUCUCCGUAUAGGUCACAACAUUCACUGCCACGCUCGAACAUAUCAAUGCCAUCAUUUCAUUCUCGUCGUAGCUCGAUCUCUCAACAAAGCAUACCGUUACAAUAUCGGUUACCAAGGCCACGUCGUUCAUCAAGAUUACGUCGGUCUCCAAGAUUACGUAGCAGUAGUCAAUUGGCGCCAAAAACAUCAUUUCGUCAUCGUCGCACUACGAGACCUAGACGAAGCACAAUGUCUCCAUAUAGGGAUCCAAGAUUACCUAGUAGCAGUCCAUUAACGCCCGAACCAUUAUUUCGUCUUCGUCGCAUUUCGAUCCCUGGGCGAAGCACAUCGUCAUCAUCCAGGUCACGAACUUUAGAGAGCAGUAAUUCAUUGGGACCAGAAACAUCAUUUCGUCUUCGUCGUAGUUCGAGCUCUAGACGAAGCACACCGUCACAAUAUCAGUUACCAAGUUCACUUCGCGGCAGUUCGAUCUCCGGACGAAGGACACCAUCACAUAAUCGGUUACCAAGACCACUUCGCAGCACUUAUACGAGGCCAGCGUCCAUAUUACGUGAAGAAUCAAAAGUUACUGAUGCAAAACACCGUGGUACCUAUACGGUGCCAACGUCCAAAUUACGUCGUGUUACCUAUACGAAACCAGCGUCCAUAUUGAGAGAUGAAUCAAACCGUAGCAGUUCUAGCUAUGACAGUAGUGCUUCGGCGGAAUAUAAGGCACGAAAGUUACGUGACUUUCAAACAACAAAUAUAAUAGUUGAUCCUCAAGAAUUUGAAAAACAAGUAAAUCCUUUCGUAACAUGGGACCCUGACACUUCGAGAUGGAGUCGUGAUUUUGAAGAUAGUUUAGAAGAAUUUUGGGCAAAUCCUUACAGAGAGGAUUCUAGGCAUAAAUCCCCAUCAAUGAAAUAUUCCAGCUCCAGUUCAUUGGCGCCAGAGACAUCGUUCGAUAGUCGCAUUUCGAGCCAUGGGCGAACAAUAUCGUCAUCAUCCAGGUCACGAACUUUAGAUAGCAGCAGUGUGGAGCCAGCAUCAUCGUUUGAUCUUAGUCGCAUUUCGAGCCCUGGGCGAAGAACAUCGUCAUCAUCCAGGUCACGAACAUUAGAUAGCAGCAGUUUGGAGCCAGCAUCAUCGCUUGAUCUUAGUCUCAUUUCGAGCCCUGGGCGAAGAACAUCGUCAUCAUCCAGGUCACGAACUUUAGAUAGUAGCAGUUUAUUGGAGCCAGCAUCAUCGUUUGAUCGUAGACGCAUUUCGAGCAUUGGGCGAAGAACAUCAUCAUCAUCCAGGUCACGAACUUUAGAUAGCAGCAGUUUAUUGGAGCCAGCAUCAUCGUUUGAUCGUAGACGCAUUUCGAGCCCUGGGCGAAGAACAUCGUCAUCAUCCAGGUCACGAACUUUAGAUAGCAGCAGUGUGGAGCCAGCAUCAUCGUUUGAUCUUAGUCGCAUUUCGAGCAAUGGGCGAAGAACAUCGUCAUCA